AUGGCCUCCAGUCUCACAGUAUCCCUCGUGGCAGCUUUCCAAGCAAGUAUGGCGGUACUCCUGGUGAUAUUCUACGGUGCUUUAGCAGUAUACAUGAAACUUCUCGAUAGCCGUUCCGCAAAGAUGAUGUCGAAAAUCUCGGUCAAAUUCUUUCUACCUGCAUUAGAAUUUGUUAAGAUUGGCAGAGAAUUACAUGCUGGUGGAGGACAUCGUUACAAUGUUAUUCUAAUCUGGGCAUGCUUAACACAUACGAUUUCAUUUCUACUCGGUGCAGGAGCUCAUUUCAUUUUCGGGAUGCCUGAUUGGAUUACCGCAACUAUCAUGUUCAAUAAUACGACGAGUUAUCCAUUGAUGUUAAUCCAAGCUUUAGAUCAAACAGGUCUUUUAAAUCCUUUACUACUAGAAGAUGGUGGAACGGGAUAUAAUCCAGUCGAACAGGCAAAAUCAUAUUUUCUUGUUUAUUCCGUUCUGUCAAGCUGUCUUACAUUUGCCAUCGGUCCUCGUAUGAUGGAUACAGAAUUCGCAAUUGAUCCACCUGAAGAAGAAGAUCUUUUAUCUGCACUCGAACAAGUACAACAGGAUAGGGAGGGUGAAAGUGAAGAAGAGAGUGAAGGAUUACAUUUCCCUACCGAACACACCAAUCUUCUAUCUCCUCGUCAUAGGCCAGCAAUUUCAAGCAGAUCUAACUCUUUCUUUCCGUCGAGACGGGCUUCUUUAACAUCGUCUCCUGCUCGAGACACAAAUCGAGCUAUCGUAUACGAGAGACGUCCCUCUUCUAUUGUUAGUAGAAGACGCUGGUUUGAACUUAGUGAUCGAGUUCGAUGGUGGUUCCUCUUCUUCUACGACUUUUUAAACGCACCUUUACUUGGUGCCGUCGCCGGUGCAAUCGUCGGACUAUCACCUAUUCUCCACCGUUCAUUCUUCAACGAAACAGUCGACGGAGGAAUCUUUACAGCAUGGCUCACUGCAUCAUUAGAAAACAUUGGCAUUCUCUUCGUAUCUUUGCCAGUUGUCGGUGCGGGAGUUUCACUCUACUCAGCCGUUACCAAAACCACCGAGAAAGGUAAAGGUAAACAAGCUAUUGGUACACCCUGGUUUACGACUUUAUAUGUUCUUUUUGUUAGAUUUGCAGUUUGGCCGGUUAUUUCUACGGGAAUCAUUUACUAUUUGGCCAAAAAUACGGAUUGGGUUGGAGAAGAUCCAAUGCUUUGGUUCUCAAUGAUGUUUAUGCCUUUGGGUCCUUCGGCUGUGAAACUUAUUACAAUGGUGGAGGUUAGUGAUGCUAGUGAGGAGGAUCAACAUAAAGUUGCUAAGUUACUUGCUAUUUCAUAUGCUGUGUCUCCGGUCAUGUGUUUUGCGGUCGUGGGAAGUUUAAAUGCAUGCCAAGCGGCAAGAAGUUAG